GCAUGGACGAGGAAAAUAAAUUUCAGUUCCCGUCCCUUCCUGCAUCAAAGGAGGAUCUAUUGGAUUGGGUGUAUCCAAUGAGAAGAGAAAUGCAGGAAAUUCUGCCAGGCCUGUUUUUAGGUCCCUACUCAGCAGCUAUGAAAAGCAAGCUUUCCAUCCUUGAAAGACAGGCGAUAACACAUGUAGUGUGUGUCCGCCAAGAUAUCGAGGCCAAUUUUAUAAAGCCCAACUUCCCACAUAAAUUUAGGUACCUUGUUUUAGAUAUUGCCGACAAUCCUGUGGAAAACAUAAUUCGAUAUUUCCCUAUGACUAAAGAAUUUAUUGACGGUUGUUUAGCAAGUGGAGGAAAGGUACUAGUUCAUGGAAAUGCAGGGAUAUCAAGAAGUGCUGCCUUAGUUAUUGCCUACCUUAUGGAGACAUUUGGUGUAAAAUACAGGGAUGCUUUCAGCCAUGUUCAGGAGAGGAGAUUUUGCAUCAACCCCAAUGUGGGAUUUGUGCACCAAUUACAGGAAUAUGAGGCGAUUUACUCAGCAAAACUGACCAUCAAGAUGAUGUCACCAAUACAGCUGGGGAGAUCGUUCUCUCUGCACGCAGGAAUGCCAGGCAGCCUGAAACGAAGCCUGGAGGAAGAUGAGGACUUCGCAGGAAUGCAGGUCACUGCUGCACAGAACGGAUAGACAUCUUAUGCAGAUUGCUGUGUCAUCGCAUACAGUGCACUCUUUUGUUUUUUACAUUUUUAUUGGGAUUAAAAAUGUAAAUAUUUCAACUUUUCUAAAGGGGAAGGGAGGGGGUGGGGUUUGGUUCCGAUUCCUGACGUCUGAGACCAAAGGAAGAGGAGUACAUUUUCAUAAGUGAUUUGUUUUCUUCUCCAGCUGUAUGCACUGAAGGGUUUUUGCAGUUUUAUAGUAUUUAAAGCAUUUUGCAUUUGCAGCGGGACAGUAUUGCAAUAAUGCACUUUUGAUACUUGAAUUAUUAUUCCUUGCCAGAAGGGGGCAGUUGGCGUGAGGGAAAGUAAUAGGAAGUCAGUGCCCUAUGGAAAGGUUGAGGCCCACAUGGGAAUUGGGAAUAUUGGGCGGAGAUCAGGCUGACAUAGGGGUAAUAUAGAAUUGGAAGGAGAAUUAAAAAAAAAAGCUUGGCAGAGAUUUAAUGACCCACUGCUCAAUAAACAGACAGCUAACAUG